AGCGCGUGGUAAGGGUGGGAUUGAAAAGCGCGAUAAUUUAUGAUCUACUAUCCUCACGAUAACAUCAUUUUCCAAGGCAUGCUCAUGAUGGAUAAGCCUAAGCUUGUAAAACGUACACGGGAUGGUUGCUGGACGUGUCGGCGGAGGAAGAAAAAGUGUGAUGCUAGACACCCGUCAUGCCAGAAUUGUGAAGCGAGAGGCCUCCAGUGUGAAGGGUAUGCGACAAAGUUACUUUGGCCUGAGAGCGAUACUCGAAUUGGCAUGAGCCGACGCGGUCCUCCGAAAGGUGCUCGCAAUGCACCCUCUUCAGUAUCCGAAGAUUCAUGUCAGAGGAAGCGCAAGAGCAAUAGUUCAGUGUUGAGUACACGAAGCGACGUGUUCACUAGUCCAGCAUUGUCAGCGACCUCAAUUACAUCACCACGUCCUACUUCAGAUCGGCAUGAGAAGUAUGAUACCAAGCUUUGUGAUAUGGAAGAAAUCUAUUCUGAUCAAAAGUACCGAGAUCGAUCAAAUGAUACCUGGGCUCUAACACAAACACUUUCUCCUCACCCCAUCAAGCUCACACACAACCAAACAAUUCUUUUCGAACACUAUGUCACGGACUUCUCCACCAUCUAUCCAACAUAUAUUGGCGACUCAAACCCCUUCCUCUCCGUCUUCGCAAACCUAGCAGUGAGGAAUGAAACAGUACUUUGUGCUCUUUUAGCUCUUUCUGGAACUCGCAUCGGACGUGUAGGUGGAUCUGAGAUGAAGCAAGAGAUUCUCAGGCUGAAAGGCUAUGCGCUGAAAGGAUGCCAGAGACUUCUUAUGGGGCAUCCAAUAGGAGGAAUCAGGCUUCUCGAGGGUAUCAACAGCAACAAUGUCACGACUAAAUCCGAAGAUGAUCUGGUAUUGGUUGUUACAAUCAUGCUGUUGAUCCUCCACGAUAAAUUGUCAGGUGAGGCACAUGAUAGUCUGAGGCCACAUCUGGAAUUCCUGAACCGAUUCUUCGAUACAAAGAUGCGACGCAACAUCUGCUUGCCAAUCGCUUCCGGGGACUCCAGCUUCGAGGGUCCAAUCACGGGAUUUUGUGAGUCUGAAGAUGAAAUUACAGAGACUUGGUCGAACGAGUAUCGCUUCCUGCAUUCCGAGUUUCUCUAUAAUGAUCUUCUGGUUGCUAUGGCGAGUGGUCGUCCAACCCUUUCCAAAUACAAUGUAGCACAGGAUAAGCUUUUAGGAUCAAGGAGAGGGAACGAGAGGAGUUCCAAAUUCUAUUUCCCGAACUUGAUUUCUAGAAUCGUCAACUUCGACGGCGAAGUAAGUAUCGACGCAUUUGACAAAUGGGAUGGCCGGCUGGACUGGAUGCCAAGUUUCUGCUACAACAGAUCUGGGUACAGUAGUGGCGGUGGAUCAUCAUCACAUUCAAACAAGCAGGACUCACAGAUCAUGUCCGAGAUCUAUCGCGCUGCUGGGAAGGUAUUUUUCCUUCAACGCCUACGUAUAUCAUGACAACUUGAGAAUUCACCAACCUAUCUCGAAGCUCAGAACGAGGCUCAAGUCCAAUUCCUUGUUUCUGAUGUCCUCAAAAACCUAUCAUCGCUUCCUCUUAUCUCGAAAUAUGAAAAUGCCAUACUUUGGCCUAUCGGCAUUGCGGCUCCUGAAAUCUGCAAGCAAGAAGAUAGAGAUUUUGUUCUUUCUCGGAUACGGAAACUAGAAGCGCGCUUUGGGAUGGAGGUCUUUCAGAAGUUCAGGAUGGGUUUGGAGGAAUCUUGGGGACCAGUUCGCGUUUCAGGUGAUAAAGACCUAGCAGUGGGGAAUGGUACUCGGGAAAUGGGUGUCAACAGUCUAGUGGGAACACGUACACUCCUUCUGGGAUGAAAUAUGAAAACUCGGUCGUUGAUAGUCAGCAUUCGUACCGUAGUG